AUGACCUCUUCUCCUCUCCCCCGCCCUCGCUGUGAAGAUGGCGCUCUCCAGGGUGUGCUGGGCUCGGGCCGCUCUGUGGGGUUCGGCGGUCACCCCUGGACUUUAUGUCACCCGGAAGCUGCAACUCGUUCGCUCUGGCCUGGCCUGGGGGGCCCCUGGGUCUUCAAAGCUUCACCUUUCUCCAAAGACAGAUGUGAAGAACUUGAUCUCUUAUGUGGUAACCAAGACAAAAGUGAUUAAUGGGAAAUACCAUCGUUUCUUGGGUCGUCAUUUCCCCCGCUUCUAUGUCCUGUACACAAUCUUCAUGAAAGGAUUGCAGAUGUUAUGGGCUGAUGCCAAAAAGGCUAGAAGAAUAAAGACAAAUAUGUGGAAGCACAAUAUAAAGUUUCAUCAACUUUCAUACCGGGAGAUGGAGCAUUUGAGACAGUUCCGUCGAGAUGUCACCAAGUGUCUUUUCCUAGGUAUUAUUUCCAUUCCACCUUUUGCCAACUACCUGGUCUUCUUGCUAAUGUACCUGUUUCCUAGGCAACUUCUGAUCCGACAUUUCUGGACCCCAAAGCAACAAAUUGAUUUCUUAGAUAUCUAUCAUGCUCUCCGGAAGCAGUCCCACCCAGAAAUUCUUUGUUGUUUAGAAAGGGUUAUCCCCCUCAUUUCUGAUGCAGGACUCCGGUGGCAUAUGGCAGAGCUGUGCACCAAGAUACAGCAUGGCACCCACCCAGCAGUACAUGAUAUCCUGGCUCUGAGAAACUGUUUCUCUAACUAUCCUCUGGGCAUGAACCAACUCCAUGCUUUGCAAAUGAAAGCCUUGAGUCGAGCCAUGCUUCUCACACCGUAUCUGCCUCCUCUCUUGUUGAGACACCGUUUAAAGACUCAUACCACUGUGAUUCACCACCUGGACAAGGCUCUGGCAAAGCUGGGGAUUGGCCAGCUGACUGCUCAGGAAGUGAAAUCGGCUUGUUAUCUUCGUGGCCUGAAUUCUACCCAUGUUGCUGAAGACAGGUGUCGAACUUGGCUGGGAGAAUGGCUGCAGAUUUCCUGCAGCCUGAAAGAAGCUGAGCUGUCCCUUUUGCUACACAACGUGGUCCUGCUUUCCACCAACUACAUUGGGACAAGGCGCUGAGUGGACAUGGAGCAGAUGGCAUUGUCCUGCAGUCACGUAGUACAGCAGCGUGGGACCAAACAGCACUUGUCAGCAGAGUGUGUGCACUGUUAGGUGUGUGGGAGGCAGAGAAGCAGGUGCUGCAGGCUUCACACUGGUACCCACGUGGGAGCCAGAACUGAAACAAACCCUGUUCCCAGGGGCGGCCCAUGUGAAGUGUCACCCCAGCUUCCUCAGAAUUAUCUGGAGCUGGCAGCAGCCUCUGUACCGAGCACUUACUGUGAUGUUUUAAGUUCAGAUGCCAGUAAGUGAGCUUUUGCCCCAGGUGGGAAUCCUCAUUUGGCCUAGGACUUAUCCAUGGCCAUAUUCUACCCAGCUGUGUUUUUGUUAAAGACAGUUUCUGGCUUGUAAGGAGAACAGCACUAGUUAAACUGGAGCGUUUGCAUCCAUGUGAGUGUUUUGAUGCUCCCCUCAAUCCUUUCUGAUAUGACCAAAAAUAGGGUUUUUUUUUUUUGUCUUCCUCACUGAGCUAACCACUCUCUUUCCUUUUCAAAUCCUUUGAACACCUUAACUUUAAAUUUUUUUUUUUUUGCUGAGAGGAUUCACUCUGAGCUAACA